AUGAACACCCAUUAUCACCCGACAGCUGGAGCGACGCUCAAGAAUGGAAGAUACGCAGUUCUGCGGAAGCUGGGCGAGGGAAUCACAGCGGUGACCUGGUUGGUGAAUGAUAAGUCGAUAACGGACAAUCGACUCCGAUAUUUCGCUGCCAAAAUUCUCAGCGCUGAAGCCACAGCUGAGCCUCAUGGGCCAGCCCGCGAGCGCGAUAUGCUCCAAGCCAUCGCAGACUCCAGCGAGCAAGAGGGGCAUGACUAUGUACCCGAUCUUUGCGACAGCUUCAACGAGGGACCCCACCUCUGUCUCAUCUUACCAUUGUACAGUACCUCAGUCGCUUCUCUUUGCCACUCCGGACCCCACAAGUGUCUUCCUGUCUAUAUGGUGCGCAGUAUUAUCCAUAUGACGCUCCAUGCCCUUCAAUUGCUGCACAACCUCAAAAUUGUCCAUACCGAUGUUCGGCCCGACAACAUCCUCUUUACCAACGCGCGCUUCUCCUUCGUGCCCGACCUCGAAAACCUCUUCCGCACGACUUUGCAUACAACAGUUCUGCGUUUCAGGCUGAUCGGUUUCGGCCACGCCGAAUGGUUAAACCGCACACCGUCUCGUACGACUUUAUGCCCACCCGCCCUCCGCCCGCCAGAGGUUAUACUCUCGUAUGGCUUUGGAACCGCGGUUGAUAUAUGGGCCAUCGGAUGUCUGGCAUUCGAGCUUCUUGUCGGCCGCCGUCUCUUCCAUCCAGAGGACGAUGGCGACGACUGGACCAAUGAAGAGGAUCAUCUUGCCAAAAUGCAACAGCUGACCGGCCAGCACUUCACUGCUGACGUUCUCACACGUGCGAAAAAUGGAGUCAAGUAUUUGAAUCCAAACGGCCAUCUUGCCCGCAUCCCAGAGCUGAUUCCAGUGUCGAUCGAGCAGGCGAUGCGAAACUACAACAUCCCCGGUUUGGCAGAGGAAGAUAUCCAAGAGAGCGCAGACUUCAUUCGGGCGUGUUUAGAGCUGGAUGACAGGAAGAGACCCACGGCAGAAGAGCUGCUCGAGUAUAGUUUCGCUAAAAAGGCUUGGUUGUGCCAUUGA